AUGGCUCGUGGACACCGCGUACCAUCACCCGUCGACAGCGACAGCGAGGAAGACCCGAUGGACGAUGGUGAUGGUGAUGAUGAUGAUAGCGAUGGCACGGCCUCCGAUUCCAGCGGAGAGACCGACCUGACGGACCCGGCUGAUUACGGGGAAGACGGCAAGGAUGACGCCAGCGAUCUGGCUGGUCUGCUGGCGGGCGACGAGCACCUUCCAGAGUACUAUAUGGAUAUGAUGACCGACCCAGACGGAUCCUUACUCCAAUACGAUGAAUACGCGCCCAACUCUCGGAAGCUGCUCGACCGCAUCGAGCAGGAAUGGUUCAAAUUCUGCGCCUGCGUCAAGCGGGACCCCAAGGAGAUGUAUCAGCGGAUGGACGUAAAGAUGCUAUACACUUUCUUCCGCUGGGUGCUGAACCAACGUCGCGGCAAGGGUGGGAGACGACGCCAGGGGCUCAAAUACCAGAGCUCCCUGGAGACGUACUGGAAGAUCUUCCGUCUGGUCUACGAGAGGGAGAUGCAGGAGAAGAUCGACCGGGAGAUAUCGCUGAGGGUGAUCAAAAAUGUGAUCCCAAAACUGGCGCGGCUGUACCAUCUCAAGAAGGGGCGGCGGAAGAAGUCGGUCGUCUAUCUGGACGACCUCGUCAAGGUCGUCGAGACGACCGUCACCACCACCAAGAAGAAGUUCGGUCACGGCCGGCAGCGGAUCCUGCUCUGCCUGUUCUUCCAGCUGGCCGGGUUCUCGGCCAAUCGACCGCAGGCGUUGCUGAAUCUGUGCUACCGGCACAUCAAGAUCACCCUCCUGAAGGACCCCGAUGGCGGGCCCAAUAACAUCCUGAUCGAGUUUACCAUUGAAUUCGCCAAAACAUUCCUUGGAGAGAAGGAGGAGACCACAUUUAUAGUCCCGGAGACCAUCUUCGACCCGUCUCUGGUCCUCAGCCCCCACGUCACCCUCCUUGGGCUCCUGUUCGCCGAUCGCGCAUUCGCCCCUCUCGACGGCGAGAGGGUUCUCACUUCGGCACGACAACUCGUCGACCUGAAGAUACCGAAAGAUACCUACCAGCUCGAACUCCACUUGGACCCGGCCCUGAACGAUGUCCCGGUGUUCCGGAAGUCUGAGCGGACACUGGAAGCGAUCGAGAUAUCGGCCAUUGACGCGCUGACGUACGGCACCAUCAAACCCUGGAUCAGGCGGAUCGGGGAGAUAUCUGCAUUCCGCGACAUCGUUCGGCCGUACAGCCUGCGAUAUGGUGCCGGCAAGGCGCUAGAUAACAGCGGGCACGUCAGCGAAGCGGUUCGCAGUCUCAUCUUCCAGCACUCAGAUCCCCGUACGUUCCUCAAAUACUAUCUCCACAGGAAGGUGGACAAGGACGUUCGCGCCAUCGUCCAGGGUCUGGACCCGCAGGAACAUAUCAUGCGCGCGGCGUGCCGGAUGCUCCGCUCCGUCAAUCCGCGCCGGCCGCAGGAACUGACCACGGCCCAGUCGAGGUCGGUCAACCAGCAGCCCCACAUCCAGGAACUCAUCCGGAAACGCGAUCUGCUCAGCAGACGCCUUGGGCGACCCUUCAAGAAGCACAAGGGGACCGUCAAGUACGAGCUCCACAGGAAGAUCAGCUGUGAGCUGGCAGGCGCACGCCAGCGGGCGAGAGACAAACUCCUACGUGAUGUACAGGAAAAAUUUGACUUCGAGGAGCCCCUGCGCGAGAUCAAGCGACAGCUGUCCGGGAUCGAGAUCUCAAAGACAUUCGGUGAGUCUCGGAGCACCAAUGAGAAAGUCCCGCCCCCGCAGCAACGACUGAUCUCGGCGCUUCUCUCGCUGCCCUGCGAGACGCUGUGGGACGAGAUGCUUCGACGCACCGAGGGGAUCGACGCGGUUGCGGCAUACUGCCUCUUCGAGGAGGGGGAUACUUGCCGACUCCCGCAUGACAAGAGACAUACCGCCCUGGCGCUUCAGAGGGUCAGGGUGGAGGUGCACGUCCCUCCGCCUCCCAGCCAGAGGGAGAUCGCAGCGGGGGCCGUGAUGAAGGACCAUCGGCCACUCUACUGCUUCAUCUGUCUGGAUAGAUUCUCUACCCACGGCGGGGUGACCAAGCACCUCGGACGAAAACACCUCCAGCGCAUCAAGCCUGGAGACACGAUCAGAUGCCCGCGCUGUGAAGUGGUCCUCGAGAGCAAGAUGGAGCUUCAGAGCCACGCCUACCAUGUCCACAGCACGGUUAGCCCAGACGACCCGUAG